AUGGACUUCUGGCGCAAGUACCUUGACCAUGCACAGAUGGCCCAAAUCAACGGACCCUCUCAGACUCCACCAGAUACUCAAGGCCCAGAGGUCAUGGUAAAGAUGAUUACAGACAUGCCCUUACCCACCAUGCCACAAGGCACCACGAUGGCAUCACUCCUCAAAGCAGCCUGGUCACUGGCUUUGCUCCAAACAAGCCAGUCAAAAGACAUUGUCUACAGACAAGUAGUCAGUGGUCGAGACACGCCUCUCCAAGUCGUCGACGUCGUCUCCGGUUCUUGUAUCACCUUCUUUCCCUUCCGGGUCUCUCUCUAG